AUGCGCUUCAUCCCGCUUCUCGUUCUCGUCCCAGCGCUGGCUGCGGCCCAAGAGCAGGUUCCUCUUGCGGACCGCGUUCAAGGCUGGUUCAAUAAGGCCAAGUCCUAUCUGCCAACCGCGACCCCUGUCGUUCCUGUCGCUGAAAAGGUGGUCGAGGCCCCGAAGAGGGUUAUCCAAGAAAAGACCGUUACCCCUUUCAACGCAAGCAACUGGGUGUCACUUCUAGAACCCGCAACAACCGCCCAAGACUGGUUGGUUUUCGUCACCGGCGGGAACAAGACUUGCUUUGGUCGCUGUGGCAAGGCCGAGAAGUCGUUCAAUGAAUCUGUCCUCCUUUUCGCCGCCGAUCCGACUUCGCCCAACCUUGGAUACCUCGAUUGCGAAUCCAACCAGCUUCUCUGCUCCGCCUGGUCUGCUGGCGCUCCUUCGGUUUGGUACUUCAAGGUACCUCAAGCUCAAGCUGAGGAGCGUCCCUCCACCCCUCUACACAUCGUCUAUGUGAACUCGACCACCGUGACCCCCGAGAGUAUCUACAAAAUUCAUUCCGAGAAGAUCUACGAGGACAAGCCCGCCUAUGAAGGUGCAUUCCACCCUACAGACGGCUGGCUUGCUCAAUACGGCCUGCUUGUUCCCCUAGGCUACGUCAUCUACGGCUUCGGAAUCGUCCCUAGCUGGCUCUUCAUGAUUGUCAUCAGCAUGGCCAGCCGAACGAUGAUGUGA